GCCCCACCCCCUCACGCAGGCCUGUGCUUUCCAGAAUCCAAGAUGGCGGGAUCCAGGCAAAGGGGUCCCCAGGCCACAGCUCGGCCGUUUUUCUGCGCCCUGCUGCUGUCGUGUAGCCACUACGUCUGGGGCCAAGGCGUGGGAGGAGACCCCGCGCCCCCUGGUGCCGCGGGCACCCCAGCCACGCUGCCACAUCGCCGAUUCGAAUACAAAUACAGCUUCAAGGGGCCGCAUCUGGUGCAGAGCGACGGGACCGUGCCCUUCUGGGCCCACGCGGGGAAUGCUAUUCCAAGUUCAGAUCAAAUUCGAAUAGCACCAUCUUUAAAAAGCCAAAGAGGAUCUGUGUGGACAAAGACAAAAGCAGCCUUUGAGAACUGGGAAAUUGAGGUGACAUUUCGGGUGACGGGAAGAGGUCGAAUUGGAGCUGAUGGCCUGGCAAUUUGGUACACAGAAAAUCAAGGGUUGGAGGGUCCUGUGUUUGGAUCAGCUGAUAUGUGGAAUGGUGUUGGAAUAUUCUUUGAUUCUUUUGACAAUGAUGGAAAGAAAAAUAAUCCUGCAAUAAUAAUUAUAGGCAACAAUGGACAAAUCCAUUAUGACCAUCAAAAUGAUGGUGCUAAUCAAGCUUUAGCAAGUUGCCAGAGGGACUUCCGUAAUAAACCCUACCCUGUCCGGGCAAAGAUUAUAUAUUACCAGAAAACGCUGGCAGUAAUGAUCAAUAAUGGAUUCACACCAGAUAAAAAUGAUUAUGAGUUUUGUGCCAAAGUGGAAAAUAUGAUUAUCCCUGCACAAGGGCAUUUUGGAAUCUCUGCUGCAACUGGAGGUCUUGCAGAUGACCAUGAUGUCCUUUCUUUUCUGACUUUCCAGCUGACUGUGCCUGGGAAAGAGCCACCUACACCAGAUAAAGAAAUUUCAGAAAAAGAAAAAGAAAAAUAUCAGGAGGAAUUUGAGCACUUUCAACAAGAAUUGGAUAAAAAAAAAGAGGAAUUCCAGAAGGAUCACCCUGACCUUCAGGGGCAACCUGCAGAUGAAAUAUUUGAGAGUGUAGGUGAUCGAGAGCUGAGACAAAUCUUUGAAGGACAGAAUCGUAUUCAUCUCGAAAUCAAGCAGCUGAACCGCCAGUUAGAUAUGAUCCUUGAUGAACAGAGAAAAUACGUCUCUUCCUUGACAGAGGAGAUGUCUAAGAGAGGGGCAGGAAGCCCGGGGCAGCAUGGACAGAUCACUCAGCAAGAGCUGGAUACUGUUGUGAACACUCAGCAUGAGAUUCUGAGACAAGUAAAUGAAAUGAAGAAUUCCAUGAGUGAAACUGUCAGACUGGUCAGUGGCAUACAGCAUCCUGGACCUGCAGGGGGCGUGUAUGAGUCAACCCAGCACUUCAACGACAUCAAAGAGCACCUCCACGUGGUGAAGCGGGACAUCGAGAACCUCGUGCAGCGCAACGUGCCAUCAAAUGAAAGACUGAGAUGCCCAGAACUACCACCAUUUCCAUCAUGUUUAUCGACGGUGCACUUUGUUAUAUUUGUAGUGGUACAAACGAUGUUAUUCGUUGGUUAUAUCAUGUACAGGACUCAACAAGAAGCAGCUGCCAAAAAAUUCUUUUGAACACCAUUUUCAUAUGUGUACAUCAUGUCAGGCUAAGUGCCUAACAUCUAUACAAAGACUAUGAAGAAUUCUACAUGACAGCAGUUCUUACCUUGUGCUGCGUGUGCUGGCCUUGCUCCUUCUGUUAGCAUUUGUCCCGGAACACUGAAGGAGGACAUUCUAAUGAGGUGUCACUCUACUCAGUCACUUCCGCACGCAAAUUGCCUCGCUAGUGUUCUUCCUCGUAGUCUUAACAUUGUGAAUUCGUAUUUCAGAGACCUCCUCAUCACAGAAUUUACUCUUAUUUCAAGAAAAAAAUUAAUACCUUCAGAAGAAUAUUUAAGUUGUAGACCAUGAACUUGGGAAAUCCUCCUGUGAUAAAAGGCUUCAAAGUAUCCAGUAUUAUAAAAUCCAUGGUCACAUGUGCCCGAACUUGUUAAAGGAAUAGUAAAUCUAUACAGGGUGCAUUUUUCAGGCUAAAAUUCAAGAGGAAUUGUUCCGAUCAUUUCCAAUACAAAAGGAGACGACUAUUAUGAAAGAGCACUCGCAUGAAUCUUUUCUACUUAGUAGUUUAAUUUGCUAAAAAUCACUUAGUAACGUAGUUCGCACAGGGUGUUUAUCAUAUUAUUUGAAAACUGGUUUAUUUUCCUCACAAUCGUUGACAUUAUCUCAUUUUCAAAGAAAAGUGUUAGCUCUGUGGAAAACUCAAUCACUGCCAGGAUUCCUUCAUUUCUGUACUGUUUUGUAUAAUUGAAUUUAACUUCUCUCACACCAGCAAGUAUUUUACAGGUGCCUUGGAUUAAAACAAAAUUGGUUUUAAAAUUUUAAUGUAAGUUGUGCUUAUGAUGCUUUUAAAAAGAAAUGCAAUUACAUGAUGGCUGAUACCCUUAUUUAAUGUACCUAUUUGUGUUCUGUUUGGAUGUUUUAUUCAGCUUGACACUUUACUAUGAAGCUGCAAACAAACAACAUUUCGUUAUGUAUUGAAGGGAUACCAGUUAUUUGUCAGUGUAGCCCGUGGACCAUCCGGGUCCUGGAACGUUUGUUAAGAACACAGAUCCCAGGCCUCCAUUCCAAACCACCUGAAUCAGAACUCAGAGGUGGGGCUUCAGGAUAUCACUUUCAACAGGCACCUCAGGUGACUGAGCACACUGAUGUUUGAGAACCACUAAGAUGGGGAGUGAAAAAAAAUUAGCGAUGCUUUGUUGAUUUAAAGCUGAGCUGAGAGCAUAAUAUAACAUUUUCAUUGUCAAUGACAUUAGCAAAUGUGCACUGAUUCUUUUAUACUUAAAAUUUACUUCACGUUCUUUUUACUAAAACUCUUGAUUUAGUAGCAAUGAGAAACUAAACACAGAUUGUUGCCUGUAGCUCUUGGUACUUUGGUUGAUGGCUUUUAAACUUACAAAAUCAUCUUCAGAUCAUGCUCAAGCCAUGAAAACUCCCAUCUUCACGUCUGCCUGCUAAAGCUUUUUGCUUUCCUGGUGGCGAUUUUUAUGACAUUUUAUCUCAGACAAUUGUACUUUUUGAUAACCUGGGGAAAACAAAAAUUACUUGAAUGAGGGAUUGCCGGACCCGCUGCAUCACAGAGACACAGUCUUUGUAAAGAACAUAAUAAUAACAGUUGUGAAUAUUAAGAUGUGAUUAUCUAUUCCUGUCCAUGUGCUUAUCGCAGGGAGAUAGUGAACAAAUGAUUAUAUUGGAUUUUGUUGUAUUUAUAAGGUCGAAUGUGAAAUCACCACUUGCAACUUUUUAGAUCUGUAUGUUGCCUGUUUAAUAUAUUUCUUUUAAAGUUCAAAGGAGUUUUCUAUCCACUGUUAAUUUCAAUUGGAUAACGUUUUUUGUCAAAUGUUUUCUGCUGAUUGUUAUUUGAUGCUAGCUGGAAUUCAAGAAAUGACAUUGACCUUAUUCAAAUAAAGAAAUAUUUUAGUAAA